CUUCUUUCCCGAUCUCAUACAACUUUAAAGAAAAUGGAAGGAGAAGAAAUAGAACAGUAUACGUCGUCGAAAAGCCGCUACAACAACAAUAGACACGGUAGUGAUGGGUAUGCUCGUCCACCUCCUGCCCACAGUAUCUAUGGUGAGAUUGAUGCCGAGGUACUGGGUUAUUUCAAAAACGUUGAAGAAACGCUUGACAAUCCUGCCUUUGAAACUGCUGAAGAAUUGCGAUCGUUCGUUGAUGCUGUUUAUGAAGAAGUCGAAGGCAACGAACUUGUCUUGGUGACCGAUCCCUCGUGUGCCAUUAUUGUUGAAAAACUAUUAAGAAUCUCGGACGGAUUCCAAUUACGCGUGUUUGGCGAUCGUAUUAGUGGACGAUCUGUCGAGCUGUUUUCGCAUCAAUGGGGCUCGCACGUAUGUCAAACGCUGUUGACACUUUCUGCCGAUGCCAUUACCAAGGAAGUGAACGAUCCGGACACCGACAUGAAGGAUGAUGAUUCACAAAAAGAAGGAGAACAACAAGAAUUACGAUCCAUGCAGCAGCUUGUGUUGGAUAUGUGUCAAGAUAUCAAGCCUGAAUUGGGUGCGCUUAUAUCGCAACAGUAUGCAUCCCAUCCCAUUCGUGUCUUGUUGUGUCUUUUGGCUGGCAAACGCGUGGAUGAAGAAGGUGCGGAUCGUGGUCGGUUCAGAAGCAAAAAGUCGGGCAAGUAUAGACAGGCACAUAACUCGAAUGGCUUGGGCAAGCGUUCUGGCAAAGACAACGCUCCACCCAAGGUACCGCAAUCAUUCACCAUCAUGUUACGCGAAUUGAUCAGUGAUCUUGCCACAAAAUCAUCCGAUACCGAAAUGCGCGUCUUUGCAGUCAGUAAAGUAGCAAGUCCUGUUUUGCAGCUGCUAUUGGAGAUGGAACAAAGUUUCAAUGACAAAGAAGGCGAAAAGAUCAUUGCCGCACUCCUGGAUCGUAUUUUGUGGGACGUGGCUACGGGCAAAGACACGGACGCAUCCGUCGUCGCACAACGCACAUCGUGGUUCGAAACCAUGAUCCGUGAUCAAGGCGGGAGUCGACUCUUGCAAGUCAUUCUCAAAGUAGCACCCGCGUCGGUACACAACAAACUGUACGAAAAGCAUCUCAAGGGCAAACUUGCAAAGUAUAGCCAACAUCCGCUCGCCAAUUUUGUUGUGCAGACGUUAGUGUCGACGGCACGGAGUCAGGAACAGUUCACCGACAUGUGUCAAGAACUUCAGAGCAGCUUUGGUCCCUUGUUGAAGAAUAACAAGCAUGGCGUGAUCCGGAGCGUUGUGGAGGCAUCGGCGAAAUUGAAUACACAGCAGACACAGGUCAUCAAGUGGUUGCGUGAGGCUUUUGGGAUUGAGAGCGAUGAGGAUCAAAAGUUGUUUGUAUUGUGCUUGAUGCGCAUGACACGGAUUGAGAACGUACGAGAUCUCUCGGACAAGGAAAAGUCAGAUACCCGAGCCUUCCAUUUACAAGGCUCGUUGAUAAUGCAGGAUAUCAUGAAGAUGAACGAAGGCCACAACAAACACAUCGUUACUAGCUUUUUAUCUCAAAAACCCGAUACCACGUUACCAUGGUGCUUCUCACCACAAGCUUCGCGUGCAUUUGAAGCCAUGCUUGCGUCCGAGUACGUGGGUGGCAAGGUGAAGAAGAAAAUCAUCAAGAACUUGCAAGGACAUUAUGUCCAGAUAGCCAAGGACAAGUUUGGCAGCCACAUCCUUGACCGGAUCUGGGCUGUGGCGGAAAUCAAUGUCAAGGAACAGAUCGUUGCUGAACUGUUGAAACGAGAACGCGAGCUUGCGGAGCAUCCGAUGGGUAAAUGUGUCCUCUGGACGGUUCGCAUCGAGUUGUAUAAGCGACGCCACGAUGAAUGGGUUGAGCGUGAAAAGGGUCUGGAGAAGAAAAAGGAGUUGUUCAAGGAUAUCCUGGGCGAUGGCUUUGCUGCUGGUGGCAAGCCAAACAAGAAGCGAAAACAUUGAAAACACACACAUGCCCUCUUUUUUUUCCCCCAUAUCGUAAAUCAGCAUCCAUCGUUAUUUUUUUAAAAGUAGUCUCAUCACUUGUCCUGUUCUUUGCAUCAUAUUCAUAAUGUAUUUAAACAACAUCUUUUCCCGCUCUCUCCGCCCCCAUCCCAUCCCAUCAUCACUUCUACUGAUAUAUACUAUAUAUUUUUUUAUAAACAUA